AGAGAUUUUGCUGAAAUUCAAAGGUUUCCCCGGGCACUUUCUACAGCUAUGAAACCUGCAUAGCAGGGCGCCACAAUGCUUCUGUUGGCCAUAUGAUGAGGAAGAGAAGUUGGCUUUGGAGUGCUGGGAGCCUGAGCAGUUGCUGAGCACUCAGCACGCCCCGCCUGACCACUGGAGAGCCCACAACACAAUGAACAAACUGACCUUCCAUAACAACAGAGUCAUGCAGGACCGCCGCAGCGUGUGCAUUUUCCUUCCCAACGAUGAGUCUCUGAGCAUCAUCAUAAAUGUUAAAAUUCUGUGUCACCAGUUGCUGGUCCGGGUGUGUGACCUGCUCAAGCUAAAAGAGUGUCACCUCUUUGGUCUCAGUGUUAUACAAAAUAAUGAACACGUAUAUAUGGAGUUAUCACAAAAGCUUUAUAAGUAUUGUCCAAAGGAAUGGAAAAAGGAGGCCAGCAAGGGCAUUGACCAGUUUGGGCCUCCCAUGAUCAUCCACUUCCGGGUGCAGUACUAUGUGGAGAAUGGAAAACUGAUCAGUGACCGGGUUGCAAGGUACUUCUACUACUGGCACCUGAGAAAACAAGUGCUGCUGUCUCAGUGUGUGCUCAGGGAGGAGGCCUACUUCCUGCUGGCAGCCUUCGCCCUGCAGGCCGACCUCGGGAACUUCAAGAGGAAUAAGCACCAUGGAAAGUACUUUGAGCCAGAGGCAUACUUCCCUGCCUGGGUUGUUUCCAAGAGGGGGAAGGAGUACAUCCUGAAGCACAUCCCGAACAUGCACAAAGACCAGUUUGCUCUGACGGCCUCCGAGGCGCAUCUGAAAUACAUCAAAGAGGCCGUCCGCCUGGACGACGUGGCCAUCCACUACUACAGGCUGUACAAGGAUAAAAGAGAGGUUGAAGGCUCGCUGACCCUAGGAUUGACCAUGCGGGGAAUACAGAUUUUUCAGAAUCUAGAAGAAGAGAAGCAGUUGCUGUAUGAUUUCCCCUGGACAAAUGUUGGGAAGUUGGUGUUUGUGGGCAAGAAGUUUGAGAUCCUGCCAGAUGGCCUUCCCUCCGCCAGGAAGCUGGUCUACUACACAGGGUGUCCCACACGCUCCCGGCAUCUCCUGCAGCUGCUGAGCAACAGCCACCGCCUCUACAUGAACCUGCAGCCUGUCCUGCGCCACCUCCGCAAGCUGGAGGAGAAUGAAGAGAAAAAGCAGUACCGGGAAUCCUACAUCAGCGACAACCUGGACCUUGACAUGGACCAGCUGGAGAAGCGGUCACGCGCCAGCGGGAGCAGUGCCGGCAGCGUGAAGCAUAAGCGCCUGUCUCGCCACUCCACGGCCAGCCACAGCAGCUCCCACACCUCAGGCAUUGAGGCAGACCCUAAGGCCCGGGAGCCGGGGCCGGAAGACGGCUGUUCAGGCAGCGCCAUGCACCGUAAGCUGAAGACCUGCAGCUCCAUGACCAGCCACGGCAGCUCCCACACCUCAGGGGUGGAGAGCGGAGGCAAAGACCGCCUGGAAGAGGACUCGCAAGACGAUGAGAUAGAGAUGUUGGUCGAUGACCCCAGGGACCUGGAGCCCAUGACCGAAGAGUCGCUGGAAGUCAGCCCUGACAUGUGUAUCUACAUCACAGAGGACAUGCUCCUGUCAAGGAAGCUGAAUGGGCACUCAGGGUUAAUUGUGAAAGAACUCAGUUCUUCCACCUCCAGCUCUUCAGAAACGGUGGUCAAGCUGCGUGGGCAGAGCACGGACUCCCUUCCACAGACAGUAUGUCGAAAACCAAAGACCUCCACCGAUCGGCAUAGCCUGAGCCUUGACGACAUCAGACUGAACCAGAAAGACUUCCUGCGCAUUGCAGGCCUGUGUCAGGACACUGCUCAGAGCUACACUUUUGGGUGUGGCCAUGAGCUGGAUGAGGACAGUCUCUACUGCAACAGCUGCCUGGCCCAGCAGUGUGUCAACAUCCAAGAUGCGUUUCCAGUCAAAAGAACCAGCAAGUACUUUUCUCUGGACCUCACUCACGAUGAGGUCCCCGAGUUCGUUGUCUGAGUCCCACCUGCGGGCAGCUGCUGUCCGCUGGAGGCUGUGGAGUCCGACUUUCUCUCCUCUUAUUUGUGCCAUAUUUUUUUCACCCCAAACUUAGCUCUUUCUUUAUAAUAUUCGUGACGGAAACAAAAGCCUUGGGACAAUUGCACUUUAAGUAUUAUGCAGAGGUGAGAGGAACACAGAAUGUAAACAGAAGACAAGUGCCCAGAUGCUCAUUGACCCUUUGGAAGGAAGUGUGCUUUCCAGCUUACCCAGCUUUCAGACUCUUAAACUAUGGUGUGCAUUCAUCUCUUGUUUGCUGGCUCAAAUACAUGUCUGUCACGUGAAAGACAUCAGGCUUAUCUGUCCCCUUGUGAGUUUUUCCCAGCCGCUCCCUCCUGAAGCGCCUGUGGUUGGAGGGAGGACGGAGGAAGUUCUCACUUCUCUUACGGAGAGCCAUUUUUAAUACAUAGCCAUUGCUGCCUCACAGAGGUUGGCCCAAAUUGAACACUGAUGAAGCAGUGGGAGUCGCACGGUUCUAGCCAAAGAUGCGUGUGUAACGGAAGCAGCACUCAGAGUUCAGAGCUGUGUGCUGGGACACCUGGGACUCCAUCACGCCUGCGCAGUGCCACGUCCACUGUUUUGUUCUUCUGGGAAGCCCUGGGAUUCACUUGUGCUCACGACAUGGUGCGUUUCUCGGAGUUUACAAAGCUGGUAUACGUUAAAAGCAAUGGAACUGUCUUAGAAAAAGUUCGUUUGGUUUGAUUUUCUUCCUUGUCUUUCUUAAUGGUAGCAAACAGACGCAAUGCUCGUUUCUGCUUUAAAAAGACACCCUAAGUGUAUGUUUAUGUUACAUAGGUAGUUUCCCGGGACUGUGUGUUUACAUGUGUUUAAAGCUUAGUGACUCUUCAUUUGGACUUCCAUGUCUGUCUCACACACAUAGAGGUCCUUGUUCAGUGUUGAGGGAACUUCGUUGAGAGAAUGGUAGCCACAGACAAUCAGUUGAUAAAUACAGAGUUAAGAGUGACUUUCCUUGUGUGCCUUUGGCCAAGAGUCUCAACCCUAAUAGCAUAAUAAAUUUAUCUGGAGAGCUUUUAAAACAUGCUUGGGUCUCACCCGAGGGCAGUUGAAGUCCGUCUCUUGUGGAUGGGUCCCAGGCAGAAUUGUGAAGUUUACCAGGUAGAGACAGUGCACAGCAGGACUGGAGACCACUGCUCCAAGAGUGUCUUUUUAGUAAUUUUGAAGCAGACGUGAACAGAGGAUAGUGGUGAUUGAGAACGGGCCCUGCUGCUGUGACAGUGGCUAAUGAAACCGACCCAGGAGAAUGAGCGCACCGACUUGAUAGACAAAGUGUUGCUCGCACUUCAGGAGAGAACUCCAUAGCACAGCGUCUUUCUAGGAGAUGUUUUUAGUGAGUUAGUAUUUUACAGCAUUUGUUUACCAUAUUUUGAUACUCCAUUUUUGCUAUCUGCCAGGUUUUAUUAAAAAAAAAACUGUAUUAUUUUCUAAAGAAACUCAUAUUUUUGUACAAAAUUAUGUUUCCAAGUAACGAAGAAAUAGAUGUAGGGCAGAACAUAAGCAGUGUUCCCAUGGGUGGGAGUCAGCAUUCCAGAGCCGGGGGCAGCCGCAAGCGAGCCCCCGCCAUGCUGCCAUCCUGCGCCGGCACGACAGCAGCAGGGGCUCAUCCGCGAACCCUCUCGCCUGACACUUUAGAAGAGAAUUUUGUUUUAAAGUUCUGAGGUCACGACAUUAUAUUGCUUUGAUGGAAUGCUUCUAAAAGAACCAAAGUUUCAGAUGCCAGAAUGUAUAAGUAUCUUUCAUUAUCCUCACAGAAGGGUGAACCUCACCACUUGUCACAGACACAUAGGGGCCAGACCCUGGCGAAGGCCGAGCUCCCUGGAGCCCCGCCUGCCAAGCUCCGCUUUCUUUCCCACGGCCCUCCUCCUCUCUUGCAGGCCAAAGACCAAAAGAGUUGUGUAAUGGAACAGGGCGCGCCCAUACCUUUCUUCUCUCUGCUCCAGGGUUCAGCCAGUGGUGUCGUUUUUCAUUCACCCUCCUCCAGUUGGAUUUGGGAAUAGUCUUAACAGAUUUUUCAAAGAUAAAACCAGCAAGGGAACUUUUUUUUUUUUAGUUUCUGAUCCAUGGUAGAAUCAUAUACAGAUGUGUAUGUGAGGAUCCACUUUGAAUAACUGACAUUUUUGUGUUGGGAAAUGGUUUUUAAAACUAAGAGGAAAAGCAUGAAGCUGUUUCUCAUGCUGCACCUGCUACCAUGUCUGUUGCUGGUCAAGACAUCGGUUUGGUAUAUGUCACCUCGCCACGUCAUCUUCAUCUGUAUUUGCAAUAGUGAGCUUUAUAUCUAAGGAAGCUGUAAAUAAUCCUUUCUGUGAAAGGAUCAUCAUGUCAGGAUGAUACUGAAAGUAUGUUUAAAAAAAAAACUUGCAUUAUUUUGUAAUUAUUUCUUAUAGGUGUUUCAUGGUAAGAUCAGCAGUCAAUAAAG